CACCUGAGUCAGUCGGUGACUUCAAAAUCCAACAUGGCGUCCGUCCGUUCUGGCGUCUCUGCCUAUACUGGCUAUAGUGAAUCGCAAUCGCAAUGGACAGCGCACACGUUGAUGUCGCAGUCGAUGCUGCCGGCGGCAACGGCAGAAGACAGAUUAAAUUCCUUUAAAAAGUUCUGUUACAACCCCGACGAUGGGACGGUGAUGGGAUUCACGGCAGUCCAUUGGGUGUUCCGCUUCCUGUUUUAUUUGGCCUUCUACGUCGGGCUGGGAUUAUUCUUUGCGGCUAACCUGGGCAUUUUCUUUGUCAUUCUGGACUGGAACUUCCCCACGAUGCAGGGAGUAGACAGCCUCCUGAAAGUUCCAGGUAUUGGCUUCCGUCCCAUGCCUGACUCCAUGUCGACUGUGAUUCGCUUCGUGAAGGGUGAUGCGUCCACGUACACCCAGUACCUUGACCAUCUGGAAGCUUACUUGAGAUAUUACGAGAACGAGAACCAGCAGGGUGAAAACUACAUUGACUGCAGCGAGAUACGAGAGCGUCGAACAACACAACCGGACAAAGUUUGCCGCUUUGAUAUCCAGCUGCUUGGAGCCGACUGUGUGAAGCAACAGAACUUCGGGUUUGAUGAUGGACAACCCUGCAUAUUGCUCAAGUUGAACAGGAUCUUUGCUUGGGAACCUGAGGAGUUCUCAAAUGCAACAGUUCCGGAUGAGAUCCGAGACGUAUGGAGUCAGUGGUCUAUCAUCGUUACGUGUGAUGGAGAGAACCCUGUGGAUCGGGAAAGUAUGGGUCCCUUGACGUAUCAUCCCGAAAAUGGCUUCCACUUUAAGUAUUUCCCCUUCCGGAACCAGCAAGGAUAUCGUUCCCCACUGAUGUUUGUGCGCUUUGAGGAACCCCGGCCUGGAGUUUUGUUAAUGAUAACCUGCAAAGCCUGGGCCAGAAACAUCUACCACAAUCGUAAUGAGAUGGUGGGCCAAGUACAUUUUGAGCUACUUGUAGACUGAGAGGAUAGCAAGGUCAUUUUAAUCAUUUAGAGUUAUCUACCCUUGUUCACCUUUGUUUCAAAUGAUGUUGUCCCUAGUGGCAUUGUUUCAGCAAAAGAUGAUUUUUUUUGUGGAGAUAGAAAUGAAAAAAUGAAAAAGAAGUUGUUGGUAAUCUUCAGAAAGUGCUUUGGAUUAAUUUGAGGGGGAUUCAUUGGUUUAUUUGUUAAAAUAAUUCAUGAUAUUCUUUGAUAAAAAUAUUCUAUUUGACAGUUUUAGUGGGGUGUAAUCAAACUGGUUCAAACAUCCCAUUUGAUUAGAUCUGUUUUCAUCACCAGUCAGUUUGGUACCAAAUAUUCAAUGUAGAUAUAGUACAAGAUGAGACCAACUUAACUGUCAUAUCAGUCAUUUUUCCCAUCCAUGUAACCUCAUUAGCAAGAAGUAGUAACAGUGUACAGGUGUGUUCCAUUUAAGCUGAAACUUCAGAACGGCUAGAAACUAUAGCUCCUGUGUGCCUUGUUAAUAUUAACUUUGAAAAUGAUUCAUUCAUUUUUACAAUAAUUAAGAAAUGAUGACUUACCUCAUUAUCAUUGAGACAUAUAAUCAUCUAAAGGACUCGUGUGGGAAUUCGUGAUGGUAUGGGUCUUGAUCCAUUCUUGUACAAACCAGUAGUUGUUUGCAGGAAUGCGCAAUUCUGAUUAAAAUAAUAAAACGCCUUUUUAUUUUAGAAUAUUGUUAUUUUAAUCAGAACCUCUGAUUCCUGUGACAUUAGAAACAGUGCUUGUAGUCAUCAGACGUCCCAGCAGCCUCCAUGUUUACAACCACUGGAUGUAUAACACCAUUUGCCAAGUAACAGCUUACCGUAUUCGACGUAAUAAGCGCUCCACUCUAAUAAGCACCCAAGACGAUAUUUGCUGAUAUAUUGACCCAAAUUUAUUUGUGUAUAAUUCACACUUGUGUUUUAUAUCCACCCUUAAUUAUGGGCAAUUAAAUUCUGGAAAAAUAUAUCUGUCGUAUAUAUAGCUGUCAGCAUAAACCACGAAAUUAACAAUCUUUCAACUCUGUUUUUUCACCAAAAUAAUAUUCUAAUAAGAGCCACCUAUUUCUAAUUUUGAGAGUGCCCUGGACGCUUAUUAUGUCGAAUACGGUUCAUUAAACUUGAAAAAGGACCCUUUAAUUUGUGUGAAUAAGGUCAGACUUCUUUCUUGCUUUACAAAUAAAUCUUCUCUAAAUAUUUGAAAAAAUGAUGUGAUGAAUUGAAAGUGUUUAAUUUAACAUCUUAAUUUUUGACUCACCUUGAAAAUCUCUUGAAAAAACAUGAACUUUGUGUUGUAUAGCGCUAUCGAUCCAAUUUUGAAAUAUUGCGAAAUCCAUAAAUCAAGAGAAUGACUGGCGAUCUAUUGUACAACAUUAUCAGUGGUUGAGCAUCGGUGGCUUUGGGUUGUGGAAUCACCAGGGAGAAGAACGGAUUGUCUAGGAGAGGAAACUCCUAUUCUGACUGUUUGUAGAGGGACUUCAAUGAAAAGUAUAUUCAAUCAUUUCAUUGUAUCACUUACUGUCGCGAGUAUGCGGCAUGUUGUCCGCGGAUAUCCCAUAGGGUCAAGCAAGUGUUAAAAAUAUUGGUAUAUCCUUGAAGCUGAUGUUAAGACUCAUGAUUUAUGAUGUUGCUGAAAUAGAUUUCUAAUUUCUCAUGACACACCAGAUCCUAAACUUUUCUGGCCUAUAAUUGUUCCGAUUAUUGUACGCAUGCCAAAGGUCACAUGGCACAAAAUUAAGUUCACUUUCAUGAUUUAUCAAAUACUAAAAAAUAUAGUUUUCCCCCCCCCAUCCAGCCAAUGGAAAAAAUGUCACGAGAAAAGGAGUAUUUGUGUAACUGUCCUUUCAACAAAAAUCUACGCAUCCAGUAAUCUGGUAAUCUACAUUGUGAAGGCCGUUGAUGUUCAGUCCUUGCAAAGUCUUCUAAUGAGUGCAUUCCAGGCCAACUUUGAAUGAAAAUGCAACUGAAUUUUGGAUUUUACUGCCUUGGGAAUUGUUUGGCAUAAUUGUUUUAAAUCUUUGGGGAAACAUUUUACUUAUGUAGAUUUGAGGUAUUCUGACAUAUUUACAUAUAAGUUGGACAAAAUUGCCAAUGUCUUGCUAUGAUACUGUUGUAAUAUUAUUAAUUAAAGACAAGUGUAUUUUAGUAGACCAAUUCUUGAUAGUCUGUCAAAUGAACAAACAUUACUUUUGCAUUUGCUUGAACAAUAAUUAAAUGUAAUUGUAAAUGUAACAAUAUUCAUCUUGUAGUCCAUAUGGCAAAUUAGUUAAGAGAUUGAGUUAGACUUUGAUGAUUUUAAGUGAAUGAUUUGUACCUAGUCUGAAUUUUGUAACCAUAAAAAUAUAAACCACUUGUUUGUCUUGUCCAGACUGUAUUUGCGACUGCUGUCAUCACAGACCUGUAGGUCCGUGCUGUCCUACAGCUUACACAUUGCAGAGUGACGAGCUGAGUGGCAUCAAUACAUUGUAGCGGUAUGGAAGGAUGUUUCUUGUUGAUGGACAGGUGUGAAGAUAUAUACGUUUCUUCAUGAUCUGUCCAUGCCCUUGUUAUUACUGGUUGGAAUUCCUAUAUUUUUCUUCCCAUUACUGACUGUACAUACAACUAUACCAAUCAUCAGUGACUGUAUAUAUGCAAUUAGGCCCAUGAGUAAACUUAAUAAUCACAGCAGAAAUAAACAUAUUUGUAAAUAUUUUAUAUACAUUUAAUAAUAAACAUUUUAUAUCAAAUA